AUGUCUGAAGACAUGACAGAGACAGGAUGGAUGACAUCCGGCUCCCCUGAGCCGAGAUCACCACCGGCCAGCGGGGGCAUCAAGCGCAUCCGCCAGGCCUGCACGACUUGCAGGCAGAAGAAGAUCAAAUGCUCUGGAGACAAGCCAAGAUGUGGUAAUUGUCGACGCAGCAUGCAACGGUGUUCUUAUGAACCAUACUCGGCGACGUCGUCUGCUCUAUCUGGGAGCGCAUCAGCAGCGUUCUUGGAGAUGAUGAAAAGUUCUGCGCUUUUCCAGCGCAUUUCUGCGAUCGAGACCAAGUUGGCAGAACUCAGUGGUCAGCCACCAAAGGAGUCAUGCACGUUCGCCGGCACCGACACAACUUUUGAAGUCGAACCACAGUUUUCAAACGAUGACGCGGCAGACAUCUUUAACCUGGAAGACCAGGUCUCAAUAUCUCCAAGCGGAAGCUCUCGGGACGCCCCUAUAAAUGAUGUGGACCUGAGCAAGCUGCCCCCGGAUGAUGUAAUGCAGUCCUUGAUCGACACAUAUUUCACGCACUGCAACAAUCAACCCUACGGCUACUUCCAUGAAGAAACUUUUCGACAAAAGCUGGCCGAUAAAUCCCUUCCAAAAUGCGUCGUGCUCGCGGUUCUGGCGUCAUCCAUGAGGUUUUCGGAUCAUGAGUUUUACGCUGGAGUAAGGGCCAAAGCGACCGAAGCCUACGCGAGGGAAGCCUGGCUGUCGGUGCUCACUGAUCAUAUGACAGCAGAGGACUCACCUGAUCUGCACGUCGCCCAGGCGACAAAUAUUUUAGCUAUCAUUGAUUUUACCUCGGGACGAACCAGCUCUGGGUGGCUGAAGAUUGGCCUAGCCAUCCGAAUAGCACAGGAUCUUCAGUUGAUGAGAGAGCCCAGCGAAAAGCUGUCCAUCAUUGAACAAGAAGAAAGACGGAGGUGUUUCUGGUCGAUAUACCUCCUCGACAAGCUCGUUUCAUGCGGAAAAGAUCGCCAUCUCGCUAUUUCAGACGAAGAUUGCAGUGUCCGACUACCAUGCGACGAGACCACGUUCCGCAUUGGGGGUUUGGAGAGGAAUGUGACUCUACACCAGCUUCAUGACUGGAAUACGGACCCCUCUUCAGCUCGCGGAAACUUUCCCAUCGCGAUCUUAGCCGGCUCUGCUCUGGGGCGGUGUACACGAAACGUUCUCCACGACCGCGAAGUGGAUGGUGUUCCUCCAUGGGACUCGAGGUCGGAGUACGCCUCCAUCAAUUCCAUUCUACUUCUAGUCGAGUCUCGUCUUCAGAUGGACCAAAUCUCUAUCGACUCUAUCGUUGAAACGAACAGGACAGAAGAAGGAUCCAUCGACCAUCAAGUUGUGGGGCACGUCAUAUUUGCGCGUACGGUCUUCAACCUCUGUCACUGUCUCCUGAACCACCCAUUCCUGUUACGCAGACGGCUACGUGGGCGGAAUGGCCAGGCUCCCUCAAGCUUUCUCUUACUUGCUUUCCAAAGAAGUUACGACCACGCACGGAGUCUAAUCAACGUCCUGCAUGAUGCAGCUGCAGCCGGGUGCCAUCUCGGUGCCUCAUUCUACGCCUACUCAGCGUGCCUAGCUGGCAGUACUUUGUCACUCAACAUGCACGCCGAGAAACAUCAUGGAGGCCAGCGAUCGGCGGAAAUGCUACGCGCCACCCAGGAAAGUUUGAGUAUCCUCGAGAAGAUGGGUCAAUUCUGGGACCAUGCUUCCAAGAUGCAUCGACGGCUUUUAGCUUUCAACAGCCACGCCCAUCUGUUCACGUCACUAUUCAAUGCUCACAAAUCCCCUGAUCUGGGACCUGAACUGAAGGCGGCGCUGUGGUCCAUGAUCGACUAUGGUUCCAUGUGCCGCGAUUCGAAUCUCUCUGUGCCGAGUCCGACACUUGUCCUCCCGUCAGAGACACCCUUUUCAGUUCCGCUCGAACUUGGUGGAGAUCAGGACCUGGGCCUGGCAGAUAGCCCCAGCAUGGUGUUGUCGAAUAUUGACUCUACUGCGAUGAGCUUUGAUACUCCUAGCAUUUCUUAUCUUUUCGAGUUGGCAUCUAGCGGCGGGUAA